CACCGCGCAUGCGAGGCUCAGGGGAUCGCGCAGCGCUGCGAUCGGUGGUGCGCUGUGUCGGCUCGGUCAUGUGAUCAGCUGUGUCCAGUCACAGCUGAUCACAUGGCACUGAUGAUCAGUGUUCCCUGAUGAUAAGUGUAGCCCCAUCAGUGCCACCUGUCAGUGUUCACCAGUGCCUUGUGUCAGUGCUCAUCAGUGCCUCUUGCCAGUGCCCAUCAAUGCCACAUAUCAGUGCCUACCAGUGCACAUCAAUGCCACAUAUCAGUGCCCAUCCGAGCUGCCUUUCAGUGUCACCCAUCAGUGUCUGUCAGUGCCACCUAUCAAUGCCAAUCAAUGCCACCUAUCAGUGCUGCCAAUCAGUGCCAGUCAGUGCC